AUGAAUAAUCAAGGCGGAGCUGUUGCAGCAAAUGGCCAAAGACCACAAGCUCAACAACAACAACAACAAGGUGGUAUAAUGGGAAUUAUUUCAACAUUAAUUAGAUUUAUGGCAAUUUAUUAUAUUGCAAGUUUUGCUUUUUCCAAAUUUUUAGGUACAGGUAAUAAUAAUAAUAAUGGAGGUGUUGUUUUAAAUAAUAAUAAUGGUACUACAAAUACAUCAAUACCAUCAAAUUCAGUUAGAUUAGCAAAUUCAUGGCCAGAAGGUAUUGAAUUUAAUAUGAAAGUUUAUCUAUCAACUUCAAAUGAAACUGUUGGAGAUUGGUUAGUUUGGGAACAAGAUAAAUUAUCUUAUGAUUGGAAAGAUAGUAACACAAUUCCAACUAAAAACAUUACAUUUGAUACAACACCUUAUUUACAAAAUAAUGGCUCAUUAUUCGCUCACAUUAUAACUUCAAGACGUGCUUAUUUAAAUCAACCAAAAUCACAAUUACAUAAAGUUCAUCCAUUAAUUGUUUAUUUACCAAAACCAAAACCAAAGGGUAAAAAUUUAUUAGAAGAAAAAUCAAAAGAUGAACCAGAAGUCGAAUAUGAUCCAACUGAAUUAAUUUCAUAUUGGAAACCAACUUUAUCAUUACAUCUUAUUGUUGAUCAUACAAUUUAUCCACCUGAUUCAAUUCCAAAAGAAAUAGUAUCUUAUUUUAAUAUAACAAAUGGAUUUUAUUCGCCAAUUAUUUAUUGUAAUGAAUUUUGGUUAUAUAGAGAACAUUUAAAACCAGUUAAUGAAACAGUUAAACAAUUAAGUAUUGAAAUUAACUAUUCAUCAAUGGGUUUAUUUAAAUGGCAAUUACAAAUUCAAAUGCAAAAAUCAUUAGAUAUGCAAGAAUCAUUUGGUGGUGGUGGUAAUUCUGCAAUGGGUGGUGCUAGCGUUGGUGAUGAAUUCAAAAGAAUGUUAACUGAUAAUGAUCCUUGGAUUUUAGGUUUAACUUUAAUUGUAUCAGUUUUACAUACAAUUUUUGAAUUUUUAGCUUUUAAAAAUGAUAUUCAAUUUUGGAAAAAUAAUAAAUCAAUGGAAGGUUUAUCAGUUAAAACUAUUACAUUAAAUUGUGUUUGCAUGGGUAUUAUAUUUUUAUAUUUAUUAGAUAAUGAAACUAGUUAUAUGAUUUUAGCAAGUAGUGGAUUUGGAUUUUUAGUUGAAUUUUGGAAAUUAGGUAAAGCAAUGACAAUUAAAAUUACAUGGAUGACAAGUUUACCAUUACCAAAACGUAUUGAAUUCAUUAAUAAGGAUGAAUACAUGUCAAAAACUAAACAAUAUGAUGAUAUGGCAAUGAAGUAUUUAUCAUGGUUACUAUUCCCAUUGGUUAUUGGUACUUCCAUUUACUCAUUAUACUAUCACGAGCAUAAGAGUUGGUAUUCUUGGGUAGUUUCAAGUUUAGUACGUACCGUUUACACUUUUGAAUUCAUUAUGAUGACACCACAAUUAUUCAUCAAUUAUAAAUUAAAAUCAGUUUCACAUUUACCUUGGAGAGUAUUCAUGUAUCGUGCUUUGAAUACCUUUAUAGAUGAUCUAUUUGCUUUCAUCAUUAAAAUGCCAUUACUUCAUCGUUUAAGUUGUCUUCGUGAUGAUAUUAUCUUUAUAGUUUAUCUCUAUCAAAGAUGGAUUUAUCCAGUUGAUAAAAAGAGAUCACAUUAUGGUUCUGAAGAAGCUGAAGAAGUACAACAACAAGAUAAAAAAGAAAUUAAAGAAAAGGUUGAGGAGAGAGAGGAGGAAAAACAAGAAGAAGAAGAAGAAGAAAAAGAAAAAGAGGAAGAAUCAACAUCAUCUUCAAAAGUUACAAAAAGAAAAACUAAAAAAGUUUAA